UUUCCUCCUAGGCCUUCUCAGCCCUCCUCAGGCCUGGCCUUGUGCGUCAGGAGAUCAGAGUCUCUGAGAGACUUUAUCUAGUUCAGAGCAGGGGCCUAGACUCGAAGCCUGUAGCUGGAGGAUCCACAGGACCUUACAGACCUUGCCCAGCUUCUCUCUCAUCCACAGAGGUCUCUGCCUUCCUUAGCAGCUCCUGCAGGACUGGCUGUGGUGGCUCCUGAAUCCUGCCCAGGGUUGCUCUCCUCUCUCAGAGCUCCACUCCUUUCUUGCUCCCCAUCUCAGCUCAGGAGGAUUCUGUGAUGGCCUGGGAGCCCACAUACCUGCUCUCCCCAGUGCUGCUGCUGCUCCUGGCCUCAGGCUCCUGGACACAGAACCCAGAGUUACUUCGAGUACUGGAGGGCAAGACUGUUUCUGUGACAUGCAUGUAUGAUCCACUCUACAACUCUGAUGAGAAGAUCUGGUGUAAGCAAAUAGACAACUUGUGUUACCCCUUGGUCAGCAAAGGUGCCGAGAAGCCAAGAUUCUCCAUCCUACAGUCUUCUAAGUUCAACUUCUUCACUGUCACCAUGAGUAAGCUCAGGAUGAGUGACUCGGGCAUCUAUCACUGUGGGAUCGCUGCAAAUACCAGGAUAACUUAUCUCAGAGGUAUCCAACUGGUGGUGUCAAAAGAUGAUUCAAGUGCUCCUGCCAAUGGGACAUUUCCAACUCUGAGAGCUCACACUUUUAGGACCACACAGGACCCGAUCUCCAUUGCUGCCAGGGGCUCUGUAUCCAGUGUUACUAUUCCCGUGGUCUGUGGACUCCUCAGCAAGACACUGGUAUUCACGGUCUUAUUCAUUGUCACACAGAAGUCAUUUGGACGACAGGCCAUGAAGGCACACAACAGUAACUCCUGACCUUAAGCCAAGUCUAUGUCAAAGGAGGAGCUGAGAUGGGGGCUAAACAGGAACUAUAUGACAUGAAUUGAGGCUGUAAUCAUGGGUGACAUCUAAGGCAUAAGAUGUCCUCAGCUGGUCCUGCCCACUUUGUGGAGAGCUUUUGGGGCCUCUUCUAGAAACUUGGCAGGAUUUUGAUACGACGGCAGGACAAAAAUUGUAAGCCUAGGCAGGGUUACAUUUCAUUACUCAGGGUUUUACUCAGGGUUCGCUAGAGUCACAGACCUUAUGGGUAGUCUCUAUAUAGUAAAAGAAUUUGUACUUACACUCUGCAACCUAACUCCCAACAAUGGUCAGCAGCAGCUGUGAAUGGAAAUCUAAGGAUCUAGCAGUUGCUCAGUCCCACAAGGCAAGCAGGAAAAGAGCAAGCCUUCCUUCUUCCAAUGUCCUUAUAUAGAUCUCCAGCAGAAGGUGUAGCCCAGAUUAAAGGUGUGUGCCACUAUGCCUUUAAUCCCAGAUGACCUUGAACUCCCAGUCUUAAUCUUCUGGAAUCCAUAGCCACUAUGCCUCAAGAUGUCCAUACCAGGAUCCAGGUCUGAAACUUCUAUCUCCCAGCCUCCAGAUUAAGAUCUAGUGAGCCUUCCAAUUCCGGAUUGUAGAUCAUCCCAGAUAUAGUAAAAAUGACAACCAGGAAUAGCCACUACACUGACAUUGAUCUGGAAAUAGGCCCAGGUUAAGAACAUUUAUCUUUGAGCUAAUGCAAACUCAGAGCAGGCUCAGCUAAGGCAUGUGUGGCAGUCCUUUUGUCUUGGUCAUCCUGACUAGCCCCUAGAAACGGUGUUUACUGGAUUUUGUUUAUUGCCUUGCUUAUUCUCUGACCCAGAACUGAUUUAUUAUUUGUAUGUAGAUGAAUUGGUAUAAAAGCAUACUAGAAAAAAAAAAAGAAACCUCUUUCAGCCUCAGAACUGGCUGGGGUCAUGCUACAGUGUUGUCUAAUUGUCUUCCUUCUUUUCAAUCCUUACACCCUUCUUGGAGAACCCAUUGACUGAUUGAGCUGGCUUGGUCACCACUCUCCUCAUUUUAUCCAUCAUCUUAGAAAUGUGCUCUGCACCCUCAAAAAAGAGGAAUCAAUUCCCAGCACACUCUUGUCAUUCCCCCUAAAUAGGUAGGUUUGUCUGAAAUAAAGACAGAGCCCUGUGCUUCUCCUGUCUCCUUUUUUGGGAGUCAAGAUUAGAGGUCACCAUUGAUAUCCCCACCCCUUGUCUCUUUCUUAGAUGGUACAAUUCUAGUCAUCUUGGCAGGGCCCUUGCUCAUGUAGCAGCCUCCCCUCCUACUCUGGGCCUUCCUCUCUGGGAGUCAGACACUCAGAUUUCUGCCUUCAUCUGUGGUCCUCUGAACACUCCCAUCCAUGGACCAAGAAGACAAGAUCCCACCUUGACAAUAAUGCAGCUCCAAGAGAGAAAUCGAGUUAAGCUGGAUGUUGUUGCCUGGAAGACAUCUGGAGGAAGAAAUGGCAUUGAAGGACUGCAUCAGGACAUGGCAUCAAGGUGCUAUGUGCGUUUGAUCAUUCAUGACUCCUCAGUGAAACCCAUGAUAGUCAAGGUGCAGGAGCAGCAGGACAUUUCCUCCUGGCAGGAAUGAAGUCUAGAGAGUUCCUUUGCUCGAGGGCUCCAUAGGCAGGGAGAUGGAGAGCCAGGCUCUGCUGCUAGCUGAAUGCCUUUUUGCCUGGACUGAGACAACUCAGUUGUCAUGUCAGGGGGAAGGAUCCUAUUUCAGACUGCCUCCUGUGUGCCUCUACCCCCAUCUCACCUUCUUUCAUAAGACUCUGGCAAGGCUUAGCUUAGUGGGGACCCCCUGAGUGAACCAUAUGGAGCAGGGAAUCCAUGCAAAAUGCAAGAGGAACUUAUAAUUCCAGUGCACUAGGGUCAUCCCAGUCCCAAAUGAGAGGCGGCAACCUUGGUGGCCCAUUUAGCAAGUUUUGAUAUGGUUUCCUGGGGCAGAUUAGAGCAUCAACAACUAAGCACCAUAUGAUUGGCAGAACAGUGUGCCCUUUAAACUGACUGGUCUUUGGGGAAUGAGGUAGUAGGGGCUUACUCAGUCUUUCUGUUCUGGCCUAUGUGCUCUCUGACAUGUCUCUUCCAGGAGGAGAGAGGUCCAGUUGAAUUUUCUAACAGCUCUGAGCUGACCUCUUCACUUUUGCCUCUCAGUCUCAGCCCAGGUAGCCUAUGGCUUCAGUGCUCUCUCUGAGACACAUAGGCAUUUUCUUGAUUCCACCUCUUUGGGUUCUACUGACCAAGUGACCCUGUGGGUGGGAAAAGAAUGGUAAAUUAGUUCCUUCUACUUUAGCAGUGGCGCGAGCCAACUUCAUCCCAGGGUUCCCAAGAGCAAACACAUCACCACAUAGCAUCCAGCUCACUUGAAAUCAGCCAGAAGGCUGAGGAGUGACUGAAACACUCAUCUCAGGUCAGGAAAGCACAUUCCUGUCAGGGAGACUUUCCCAUCCUCCUCCUGUGAAGACCCCAGGUAUUGAGGUGUGCGUCUGUCACAUAAGGAUGGUUCACUGUGAACAUGGCUCUCUGUGUAACUCUACCCUGUGGUGGCAUUGAUGAGGGUAUUUACAGCCCCACAGGCUCCAGUCUGCUGGGAGAGGCCUCAGUGGAAUUCACUUUAUGUUGGUGCUCUGAGUGGAUCUUUAGAGAAUUGAUCCAGAAAAUGAUCACCUCAGUAUGACUAUGUGACUUUUCCUGCCAAAAGAACCAAACUGUUACUUCCUGGGCUUUUCUACCCAGCACUUCUCUGUUCCCUGAAGUAAUGACUCUGAGUCUUCUUGUUGAUUAAUAAAUGCUAUAGGAUUC